CGAGGUGACGCUUCCGAUUCAUUUGGCAAGUUCCCACUGUGAAAUUCAUUCACGCUAAACUUGUGAUAUUUGUUCAUCUUAAUCGGUUUGUGUGUUAGAAAGUGACGUUUUCUGAGACGCGACAGCCAGUUUAAACAUUACUGGAGACUAGUUGGCGUGGCGGUAUUUAAAUGAAUUUACGACGCUUGAGAUUGCAGUGCGCCCUAAUGCUAUUUCGAUCCUGAUUUGACAAGGCUUGACAGUGAGAGUAGUAACUGGAAGCUUUGCCUGAUGGAACUGUGCGUAUAUUGUUGCAUAUGCGGCGUGUUCGCUGUCACUGCGCUUCAGCUGCCUUGAAGGGGAACUUGUGGGCUAAAGCUUACGGGACGUCGCUUUAUGAUGUCGAGCUUUUUACGUUGGUCUGAGGGGAAAUUUCAAAGACCUAAAAAUAAAGCCCUGCUUUCUCCACCACAACGAAUCAUUUGAACUUCCUACCGCAGAAGGACGUAAAUAGUUCUGACAUGUGGAUGUAAUUUCAGGGGAAAAAAAGCGGACAGGGGCGAAGAAAUAAAGCGCGAGCGAGAGCGGGUCCACACUUUGAAUGGAGCACGCAGAUUUGUGGCAGCCAGGAGACUGUAGUUCUGAUUCCACAAGUCACCCCGACGAUGUGAUGGGAGGGCAGACGGAGGCGCAAUGACGGGCUCUUGGGCGCUGCAGAUCUGAACCUCGGCGAAGCCCAGCUCCAGCACCCGGCGGCUCGUGUGAAGUUUCUCCCGCGAACGAGCACAGUAGCGGAGGGUCUGCGCCAGGAUGGGAGCGGAGGCCGUGUUCCACAGCACGGGCUUUCUCCUCCUCGGCUCCGUGUUAACUUUAUUAUACGGUCUGGUUGUGUCUGACGACGUCCUGACCAAAGAGGAGCAGAUCUACCUGUUGGUCAAUGCCAAGAGGAAAUGUGAGAGGACAAUCAAGUCCCGACACAAAACAUCCGAGGGAUUCUGCCUUCCUGAGUGGGAUGGCAUCGUGUGCUGGCCUGAGGGAGCUCCUGGAAGAACCAUCACUACUACCUGUCCAGAGUACAUCUACGACUUUAACCACAAAGGGAAUGCCUACCGGAGAUGUGAUGUGAAUGGAAGCUGGGAACUAGCAGUGAGCAACAAGACCUGGGCAAACUACAGCGAGUGCGCCACAUACCUCAGUCAUUACAACCAGAACCAGGAGAGAGAGGUGUUCGACAGACUGUACCUCAUCUAUACCAUUGGCUACUCCAUCUCACUGGGCUCCCUCAUGGUGGCUGUGGUCAUCUUAGGAUACUUUCGGCGACUCCACUGCACCAGGAACUACAUACACAUGCAUCUGUUCGUGUCCUUCAUGUUGAGGGCCAUCAGCAUCUUUGUGAAGGACGUAGUGUUGUACUCAGGAGCCGCCCUGGAGGAGGCGGAGCGUAUCACCGUGGAGGACCUGAAGUCCAUCACAGAGGCUCCGCCCACCAACAAGACCCAGUUUGUGGGCUGUAAGGUUGUGGUCACACUCUUCUUGUAUUUCCUGGCCACCAACUACUACUGGAUCCUAGUGGAGGGUCUGUACCUCCACAGUCUCAUCUUCAUGACCUUCUUCUCUGACAGGAAGUACCUUUGGGGCUUCACUAUGAUUGGAUGGGGUGUGCCAGCCAUGUUCGUGACUGUGUGGGCCUGCGUCCGUGCCACUCUCGCCGACACAGAGUGUUGGGACUUGAGUGCUGGCAGUCUGAAGUGGAUCGUCCAGGUCCCCAUUCUCACGGCUAUUGUGGUCAAUUUCUUGUUGUUCUUGAACAUAAUACGAGUUCUGGCGACUAAGCUAAGGGAGAGUAACGCAGGCCGAUGUGAUAGCCGACAGCAGUACAGAAAGCUGUUGAAGUCCACACUGGUGCUAAUGCCCUUGUUUGGGGUUCAUUACAUCGUUUUCAUGGCCAUGCCAUACACUGAGGUGUCGGGGGUGCCGUGGCAAAUCCAGAUGCACUAUGAGAUGCUCUUCAACUCUUUCCAGGGUUUCUUUGUUGCUAUUAUAUACUGCUUUUGCAAUGGAGAGGUACAAGCAGAGAUUAAGAAGUCGUGGAGUAGGCGGAGCCUAGCUCUGGAUUUUAAGAGGAAGGCUCGCAGCGGCAGUAACACGUACAGUUAUGGACCAAUGGUGUCUCACACUAGCGUGACCAAUGUGACGGCUCGUGGACACCUCACCACGCGGCUCGGGCCUGUCAUUGUUAACGGCCAUCGGAACCUUCCGGGCUACGUGAAGAACGGCUCAGUCUCAGAGCAGUCCAUGCCAUCGUCAGGGCAGGAGCUGCACGGCCAGGAGGAGGAUCCAUCGAAGAACGAGGACAAAGCCACUCCAUUGGUGGAGGAGGAGAGGGAAACGGUCAUGUGACCCUGGAAG